CGUGAUGUUUUUCUUUUCUUUAUUCCUUCGUCCUCGUGCUUCUCUUUUCAGAUGUAACCAAAAAAGUCAUCGGAACUGAAAAAUGAGCCAGGUGGGCACUGUAGUUUCGGAGCACCGCCGGGUAUGAAUCCAACCGCUGCGGGUUCAUCCCAACCGCCGCCGCCGCGAUCCUCCUUCAGCUGCGAUCGCCACCCAGGUGAGAAGUUAUCCGGGUUCUGCUCAGAUUGCCUCUGCGAACGCCUCACCACUUUAGACCAAUCCUCAUCUAGCAACAAUCUUACAACCUCCUCCUCCUCCGUUACAGGUGCCAUCAAAUCCCUAUUCACCAAGCCCUCGUCUUCUUCCUCUUCUUCUUACCUCCGCCGUACCAAGUCACUCUCCGCUUCAAAGAAUGACCCUUUUAGCUCGUCCGCAGCCACAGGUUUUGAGCCCCAACGCAGGUCCAGUGACGUCAGGUCACGUAAUACAAUCAUCUCUUUAGACGAGCAAAUCCAUCUUAACGGAUCCCAAAACCGUCAUUCAAAAGGCAUUGCUGAUACUGUUGCCAGUAAGCCCGUUCUAGAGUUCAUAGAAGCAGAAGAAAGCGACGACCCUGAUAACAAUCAAUACUUGACUUUACAUACAAGUGCAGCUGAUAUAAUUGAAGAAGUCACUGAUCUUCAAGAACCCCANGUCCAGUGACGUCAGGUCACGUAAUACAAUCAUCUCUUUAGACGAGCAAAUCCAUCUUAACGGAUCCCAAAACCGUCAUUCAAAAGGCAUUGCUGAUACUGUUGCCAGUAAGCCCGUUCUAGAGUUCAUAGAAGCAGAAGAAAGCGACGACCCUGAUAACAAUCAAUACUUGACUUUACAUACAAGUGCAGCUGAUAUAAUUGAAGAAGUCACUGAUCUUCAAGAACCCCAAGUUGGAAGGCCCGUGACAGGAGCGGUCAAUUUGGAGAUUGUUGGAAAAAAUAGGGUUAAGGGUAGUAUAUCGAAGCCUAUGAAGGAUCAUAUUGAUCUUGAUUCACAGAUGGAAAAGUCUUCGUCCCGACUUGCAGGGGGCAUAUUGUCAACUGCUGUUUUGAGCAAGAAAUGGCAGAAAUGGAGGAAAAAGCAGAAGAUGAAGAAGAAACAAGACACUGUCGAAAGUUCUUCUCUUUCUGUUGAGACGCCUCCUGUGUCUAUGAUGAAACACAUAGAGAUCCAACCGGAGCCAGCAGAAUAUGGAUUAGGAAGGAGAUCUUGUGAUAGCGACCCCCGAUUUUCACUGGAUUUUGCUAGGAUUAGCUUUGAUGGCCCAAGAUACUCCCUUGAUGAGCCACGUGCUUCUUUGGAUGGGCAUUUGAUUGGGAGAACAUUCCCCAGGACGGCACCUAUGGUUUCAGUGGUAGAGGAUGUUCAAGGGGUUGCUGUUCCGCAGUCCGAUACUCAAAUCCCUGCUGUGGACUCUGCUGUAAUUAUGAUGAAGUCUGCCAGUGAUGAUGCAAUUCUUCCUGGUGGUUCCACUCAAACUAGGGACUACUAUUUGGAUUCUUCCACGAGGAGGCGAAAGAGUCUUGAUAGGUCUAACUCUAUCAGGAAGACCGCAGCAGCUGUGGUAGCUGAAAUUGAUGAGAUGAAAGCAGCUUCCAGUGCUAAGGCUUUGCUGAAACCAGAUUCGGUUAACAGGGCGAAGACGUUGGCUUUUGACAAGGAUUCAGCUUCAUAUUCCAAUUCUUUGAGGGACGAUUGCUCCAAAACUUUAGAGUUGACUAGUUUGAAAGAUAGUGCUGAGAGAAAGGGCAUGAAGAAGUCAAAGAAGUGGGCAUGGAAUAUUUUCGGUUUUAUAUACCGGCGAGGUGGUGGGAGCAAGGAUGAAGAUGAUGAUGAUGGUAGGUGUAAGAGAGCAGAAGUUUCCUUUUCAAAAGACCCAGCAGGAAGGGAUGCUAGAGGGGUGCUUAACAGGAAGCUGUAUCGAAGUAGUAGUAGUGUGAGCUGGAGAAAUUCGAGCACUGGUUUGGGAUCAUUUGAGCCUGCUAGAAAAUCUAGUGCUGAAAUGAAUGGGCAUGGAAAAGAGAGGAGGAAUGAAAAUGUUGCGUUGGGAAGGAAUCUGAGUGGGUGUUACUUCAGUAACCACAUCGAUAAUGGAUUGCCGGUUUUCACUUGACGUGGCUUGUGAGAGGGAUAAGCAGCAUAAAUGGAACUCACGCAA